CCUCAACAUCUUCACCCACUCGUCGUUCCUGUUCAACAUGAACCUGGUAGGAGCAACGCACUGAAGGAUGUCGACGUGCUGAGCUAACUUGUUGUUUCGUUGUGUACGUGUUUCCUGUGCUGCAGUACGGCGGACUCUUCAUGUUCUGCGGGUACGUGGUGUUCGACACGCAGAUGAUCAUCGAGAAGGCCAGCAUGGGCGACAAGGACGUGCUGGCCCACACGCUCGGCCUCUUCAUGGGUGUGUGUCUCCAUUGUGGAGGACUUGCUUGUGCUGAUGAUUUGCUAACAGUUUUCAUGUUGUUCCUUUCGUUGUUGCUGUGCGCAGACCUGAUGUCCAUCUUCGUGCGCAUUCUCAUCGCGCUGCUCCAGAACAAGAAGGGCGGCAAGUCGCCGCGCAACAGCCGUCGCGACUAAGACACCCAAGUGGAAGAGCUAGCUACGCAGGCAGCUCAAGACCUUCACCCACAGCUUCAAGCAUGCAUUCUAGUUUUUGAUCUAAUAAGCAAGUUGCCUUCGUUCAGUGUCCACGUCAUCGUGGUUCUCCCGAUAAAGUUGAGCCCUCUCGAUUAAGUACUCCUCCAUACAAACUCCAAGUCACGGACGGGAAUAUUCUGGAUUGAUUAUGCAUCAUUUCAGCCAAUCGUGUAGCUUCAAGCAUAUCUUCUCCCCCUCAGGAUUUCCAAGCUCCAUUUCCGCGGAAGAACAGUCACAAGCACCAUCUCGAGGUAAGGGCGCUCGGCCAUCCCUGGCUUCAGCUACAGCUACCUGCUCGGUCCAAGUCUGCCUUCUUCUUCUUCCUCUUGAGUACGCGGAAGUCCUGUAGCCAAACUGGUCCAAACGACGAAGCAGGAGGGGGGAGGAGCCAGCAGCAAGAUCCAAGGGCUCGCAGGCUCUUACUACCAAGACGCAUGCAGGAAACUGACUUAGGUUUACUGUGCUUUAUUACUGCAGCUUGCUUUGAUUCGGCACCCGGCGGAGACCAAAGACAGCAACAGAAACACUUGAAACAUGAGUGACAAGUACGUCACUGGCGCUGUUAAACGCCGUGUAGCCAUCCAUUGACUGACAUUUACGUGUGCAUGUGUGUCUUCCCCCACCACAGGAAGGAAGAGUUCAAGGCCGGCAUCAUGGACCGCAAGCGGUCGCCCAACCGCCUCGUGGUGGACGAAGCCACGAACGACGACAACUCGGUGAUCGCCCUGAGCAUGGCCAAGAUGGAGGAGCUGCAGCUGUUCCGCGGCGACACGGUGCUCAUCAAGGGCAAGAAGGGCCACGACACGGUGUGCGUGGUGCUCCAGGACGAGACGGUGGACGACAACAACGUGCGCAUGAACAAGGUGGUGCGCAAGAACCUGCGCGUGCGUCUGGGCGACGUCGUGGGCAUCCACACGUGCGGCGACGUGCCCUACGGCAAGCGCAUCCACGUGCUGCCCAUCGACGACACCAUCGAGGGCGUGACGGGCAACCUGUUCGACGUGUACCUGAAGCCGUACUUCGUGGAGGCCUACCGCCCCGUCAAGAAGGGUGACCUGUUCCUCGUGCGUCAGGCCAUGCACCCCGUGGAGUUCAAGGUUGUGGAGACUGAGCCCGCUCCGUACUGUAUUGUGGCGCCCGACACUAUCAUCCACUGCGAGGGUGAGCCCGUGCGCCGCGAGGACGAGGAGAAGAUGGACGAGGUCGGCUACGACGACAUCGGUGGAUGCCGUCGCCAGAUGGCUCAGAUCCGUGAAAUGAUCGAGCUGCCCCUGCGUCACCCGACCCUGUUCAAGACGCUGGGUGUCAAGCCCCCUCGUGGUGUGCUGCUGUAUGGCCCGCCCGGUUCGGGUAAGACGCUUAUCGCCCGUGCUGUCGCCAACGAGACGGGCGCCUUCUUCUUCCUGAUCAACGGUCCCGAGAUCAUGUCGAAGAUGGCUGGUGAGUCGGAGAGCAAUCUGCGUAAGGCUUUCGAGGAGGCUGAGAAGAACGCGCCGGCUAUUAUCUUCAUUGAUGAGAUUGAUUCGAUUGCGCCCAAGCGUGAGAAGACAAACGGCGAGGUGGAGCGUCGUAUCGUGUCGCAGCUGCUUACGCUCAUGGACGGCCUGAAGCAGCGUGCCAGCGUGGUGGUGAUCGGUGCAACCAACCGCCCUAACAGCAUGGACCCCGCUCUGCGUCGUUUUGGCCGUUUCGACCGCGAAAUCGACAUUGGUGUGCCCGACGAGAAUGGCCGUCUCGAGAUCUUCCGUAUCCACACGCGUAACAUGAAGCUGGACGACGACGUGGACCCGGAGCUCAUUGCACGUGACACGCAGGGUUUCGUUGGUGCCGAUAUGGCAGCCCUGUGUACCGAGGCUGCGCUGCAGUGCAUCCGUGAGAAGAUGGAUGUGAUUGACAUUGAGGAUGAGACCAUUGACGCUGAGAUCCUGGACGCCAUGGCUGUCACGCAGGCUCACUUCAAGUACGCCCUCGGUGUGUCCAACCCAUCUUCGCUGCGUGAGACCACGGUGGAGGUCCCCACGGUCACGUGGAAGGACAUCGGUGGCCUGGAGAGCGUCAAGCGCGAGCUGCUCGAGCUGGUGCAGUACCCCGUGGAGCAUCCGGAGAAGUUCGAGAAAUACGGUCUCAGCCCGUCCAAGGGUGUUCUUUUCUACGGCCCGCCCGGUUGCGGUAAGACACUGCUGGCCAAGGCUGUGGCCAACGAGUGCCAGGCUAACUUCAUCUCGAUUAAGGGCCCUGAGCUGCUGACGAUGUGGUUCGGUGAGUCGGAGGCCAACGUGCGUGAAGUGUUCGACAAGGCUCGUGGUGCCGCUCCGUGUGUGCUGUUCUUCGAUGAGCUGGACUCUAUCGCUCAGCAGCGUGGCAGCAGCUCGGGCGACGCCGGUGGCGCUGGUGACCGUGUGAUGAACCAGCUUCUGACGGAGAUGGAUGGUAUGGGUGCCAAGAAGAACGUGUUCAUUAUCGGUGCCACGAACCGUCCCGACAUCAUCGACCCGGCCCUUAUGCGUCCGGGCCGUCUGGACCAGCUUAUCUUCAUCCCCAUGCCUGACUUCGAGUCGCGUCUUAGCAUCUUGCGCUCUGUGCUGCGCAAGAGCCCUGUGUCCAAGGAGGUGGAUCUGAACUUCCUGGCGCAGCAGACGGACAAGUUCUCGGGUGCCGAUCUUACGGAAAUCUGCCAGCGCGCCGCCAAGCUGGCCAUUCGCGAGAGCAUCGCCCGUGACAUGGAGCGUGACCGUCUCCGUGCCGAGGCCGGUGACGAGAUGGAGGAUAUCGAGGAGGAGGACCCGGUGCCAGAGAUUACGCCGCGCCACUUCGAGGAGGCCGUGCGCAACGCGCGCCGCUCGGUCAGCGACCGCGACCUGGCGCAGUACUCGACCUUCGCACAGACGCUGCAGCAGGCACGUUCGCACGUCACGGCCGGCGGCACUUCGCUGGCCAACUUCUCGUUCCCGGGCCGCAACGUGAACGCUGGCGCUGCAGGCGGCGCCACCGAUGCUGCCGCCGACGAGGACGAGGAGGACCUCUACAGCUAAGCGAUAUGUCUUGGACAGCGCGAGCGGCAGGAACCCACCGAAGCAGUUAGGAGAGUCGUCGAAUACAGCAGAGUGAGGAGGUUCUAGAGGGCGCGAGCGCGGGAGGAGACGAAUCCUUUCUAAUACACUAUUGCUAUGCUUGUUUGAACGUUAUGCCUUGAUGCGAUUAGCGAAAGCCACUACAUGUAGCUCAGCGUUAUGCGCCGCUGCACUGCAGACUGGAUGCAUCUCUGCUGAUGCAGCUGUGCAACACGAUUAAAGUGCCCUGCAGGGCUCAGAGGUAUCCAUUCGCAGCGAAAAAAAGGCAACUAUAAGACCAACACUCCUGCUCAAGCUGCCCUGUGAUUGGCUGAACAGUGUUACGACUGAACCUACUUUCUCCUCGUACUUAGUCGCACCACUUCACGACUGGCGACAAGGGAGAAAAACCGAUCGCGGAAGCCAUCGCGUGUGCCCCCUAAGCCUGCGGUCGAAGCCCCACUACUCGUCUCCCAGAGCGCUCUAUCGCCCCGCAGACACCUCACCGCGUAGAGGAAUCAACAGGCUCUCCAUCGGUGUGUCGCUCGCCCCCUUUCGACCAGCAUGGGCAACGCCGCGCCGCGCGCGCAGCCGCAGAGCGUGCUGGACAGCGCGUCGCAGUACCGCACCUUCCUAAUGGACUACACGCCGCGCUCGAUGGACAUGAUGUUCGGCAAUCUGAUCGGCGACGGCAAGUUCCUCAAGAGCAUCUCGUGCAAGUGCGACGAAGGGCAUCUGGUGGUGAAAAUCUACCGCAAAUAUGACGAGAGGGAGUCGCUCACGAGCGCCGAGGUGGCGCUGCGCCGCCUGGCGCUGGCCUUCUCCGUGGAGCAGCAGCCCAACGUGAUCCCGUACGCCGACUUCCAGCUGUCCAACAAGUACAACGUGGCCUUCAUGGUGCGGCAGUACUUCGCGUCCAACCUGUACGACCG